GUUUAGGUGGUGAGGAGGCAGAGUCAAUGUACCUGUGCUGAACCUCACCAUGGAUGACUACCCCAUGUUCGGCCUCUUGGCCCUGUCUGUGAUAUGGGGGCGGCUGCUCCGUUUCCUUUUUCCAUUGGGCUUAGCCCGAAUUUUGGGGAUGCACGUUGUUAGCAGAUAUGGGGCAUCCACCCAGGCUGGCGGAGAAGAGAAGGGAGAAGGAGGCGAAGAAGAAGCAAAGGGAGGAGAAAUUGAAACCGACAAUGGAAGAAGAAAAUAGGAAGGAGGAGGAGGAAAUAGAACGACUAGAGAAAGACAUGAAGAGGAAAUUGGAGGAGGAAACAAAGGCAAGGGAAGAAGAAGAAGAAAAAGAAGAAGAAGAAGAAGACGAAGACGAUGAAGAAGAAGGGGGCUUGUCGAGGAGAGGAAGAGGAAGAAUGCAGGGAGAAGAUAAGCCUUCUAAGGCGGAAACUUGCUCAGGCGAGUCCAGUCAAUUGCAAUUCCAUCCGGUGGACACCGGCGAGUGGAUGGAUAAAUUCGGGUCCAAAGGAGAUGUGUUGGAGGAGGAGACUGAAGCUGAACGGGAAGAUAUUGCAACAAAGAUAAUGGCAGCUGUUGAUGACGAUGAUGAACGUGCCUUGCUGGUACAAGGGAGGGAAAGCAUCCUGAACUAGUGAUUGCUGACCAGAAGAAGGCAGGAGCUCGACGAGAACAAAAAAGGUUGACAGCA